ACGAAGGGUGGUCACAGUCCAAGCUACUUAAAGGGGCAGGUAGUCUGCCCAUGAACCGACCCGGUCGACUCACGCAACAAACCGUGUCUUCCCCAGUUCCCGAAGUCUGUGCAUUGCCUCUCUUUCUCUCUCUCUCUCUCCGUGUGCAGCCAUGACCGUCACAACCAUGGGCCCUCCGCCUCCCAGAAACCCCAACCCUGACGGUGAAUCUUCCAUCGACGCUCAACCUAAAGCCUCACAUGAUGAAUCCACUACCUCCACAACGGUGGCCAUGGGCCCACCUCCACUUUCACCUCCGAGAAACCCUAAAUAUUCCCAUUUAGACGAACCACAGGAAGCAGAGCAACAACAGCCAAAGAAAGAUUCAGUAGAGGAUUCUGCUACAGCAACCGAGAGCUCGAGAGGCGCGCAGGCUGUGAAGCAGGGUACUGUUCCAUACUCAAUUCCCGAUUGGAGUGGCCCCCCUUGCCACCAUUUUUAUAUUGAAGUACUCAAGGAUGGCUCUAUUAUUAGCCAACUCAAUGUGUUUGAGAAAGGAGCUUAUAUGUUUGGACGUGCUGAUAUUUGUGAUUUUGUUCUUGAGCACCCCACCAUCUCUAGGUUUCAUGCGGUUCUUCAGUUCAACAAUAGUGGAGAUGCCUACCUUUAUGAUCUUGGCAGUACACAUGGUACUUUUGUGAACAAAAAUAAGGUGAAGGCAAAGGUUUAUGUGGACUUGCAUGUUGGUGACGUCAUUCGGUUUGGCUGUUCAACUCGGUUGUUCAUUUUUCAAGGACCACCUGAGUUGAUGCCUGCAGAGGCAGACUUGAAAAUUAUUAGAGAUGCCAAGAACAGAGAAGAGCUGUUUGAUCGAGAAGCUUCACUUCGACGAGCAAGAGUCGAAGCAUCUCUAGCGGAUGGUAUUUCAUGGGGGAUGGGAGAGGAUGCUGUUGAAGAAGCUGAGGAUGACAGAGAUGAAGUUACUUGGCAAAAAUACAAAGGACAGCUUACGGAGAAGCAGGAAAAAACCCGUGAUAAAAUAAUUAAAAGGACUGAAAAGAUUGCUCACAUGAAGAGGGAAAUAGACGCUAUUCGUGCUAAAGACAUUGCUCAAGGUGGAUUGACACAAGGACAACAAACACAGAUUGCUCGGAAUGAACAAAGAAUAAACCAGCUCAUGGAAGAGCUUGAAAACUUGGAGGAAACAUUAAAUGAUAGCAUCCGAGAAAGUAUUGGAGCACGUUCUGGAAAGAUGUCUCGUUGGAAUAGAAAAGUAACGGCAGAAGAUGAUGAUGAAUUUUUGAGUGAUGAUGAUGAAUUCUAUGACCGGACAAAGAAGAAGCAUUCUAUUAAAAAAAGCAGUGAAAGUCAAUCAAUAGAAACUGCUGAUACCCUUCUCGAUAAGAGAGAUACCAUCAUGAAAGAAAUGGAAGAAAAGAAAGACAUGCUUUCAACUGAGAAGAACAAAAUAUCAUCAGAAUCUGCUGCCAAAACUGAAGCUGGAGAUACACUUGAUGCUUACAUGUCUGGGCUUUCAUCUCAGUUAGUGCUUGAUAGGACUGUUCAACUUCAGAACGGACUGUCUUCACUUCAGUCUGAGCUAGAUAGAAUCCUGUACCUGUUGAAGAUUGCUGAUCCAACUGGGGAAGCUGCUAAGAAAAGGGAUUCACACCUGCAAGAGCCUAAGCCUAGCAAAGCAAAAACACCAUCUACUGCCAUGAAAAAGCCACCUCCCAAAGAACCAAAGAGGAGCUGUGGAUCUGGAGAGCUAGUUAACAUCUCCAUGCACCAAGAGGGAACUGCUGAUUUGUCCCUGGAGUCAAGCAAGAAGCCUGAAACUGAAGAGAGAGCCAGUGAUUCAGCUGAGAAGAAAACUGUUACGUACACUGUGACAAAACCCCAAUGGCUGGGUGCGGUUGAGGAUAAAGAAAUGAAAGAGACCAAACAUGAACCAGAAACUUCGAAGAUUCUUGAGCCGGAUGAAUUUGUAGAUUAUAAAGAUCGCAAAAAGGUACUUGGUAAUGUUGAUGGACCACAGCCUAAGUUGGACGCAGGGAUUGAAAAUGCUGCCCCUGGCCUGAUUAUAAGAAAAAGGAAGCAAGCAGAGAAACUUGAAGGCAUUGAAAACACAGCUCCUGAUCGAUCAACCUCUUCCUCUGAGGGAGCUGAACUCAUAGCACAUGACGCAGUGGCAUUGUUACUGAAACAUUCAAGGGGAUAUCAUGCAGAAGAUGACGAAGGGAAGUAUGAAAGCCAAGAAUCAGUUGGUGAAAAUCAACCUGGUAAGGAUCAGAAAAAGCUCAAGAGAGUGCUUGGUCCUGAGAGGCCUUCGUUUAUUAACAACAAUGUGGACUAUGAAUCUUGGGUUCCUCCCAAAGGACAAUCAGGAGAUGGCCGAACAUCUCUUAACGAACGCUAUGGGUAUUGAGUUCACGUGAAUAUUUAUGGUCCAGAAUUUGAGUCUGUAGCCUUUUGGAGAAAGAAACGGCUUCAAGAGGUCACAUGUAACUCAAAGAUUCCAUUAAGAGGAGAAACAAUAGCGAGAAUAUGGUGACAAUCUACUGGAAAAAAGAAAUAUGACAUGCGCUUAUUGUACAAUAAUGUACAGAAAUCGAAAAAGGAGGAGAAAGUUGCAAUUUUUGCUUGAACUAGUUCUUUUUAGAACCUUUUUUUGGAGUCCACCUGUUAAUAUAUACAUAUAUAUAGGUAUUUAUGUUUAUCCUACUGUACACUAAAGGUUGGGUUUCAGUUCGCAUAUCA